GCACUGUAGAUGUCAGUCGGGGCGCGUGGAAUCGUAAACCGCAGUAGGACAAGAAAUGAGCAGCUAAGCUAACAGCAGCCUAGCAUGUCCCAUUGAACGAGGAAAUGGCGGCGACGAUGACUGCCGUUUAGCAGCCCCCUUUCUCGGUCGGGCAAUAUUGCUCGUGUCAAAGUUGCUAUUGAUAGGUCACGCACACAACGGAGAUACGACAUGAACGCUCUUGUCGGAUACAGCGGCUCGUCGGACUCGGACAGUGACGAAGACUCACCUGAGAAAGCCCAACGCGGCCGUGGAGGGUACGUCCACUCAUUCCCAAUAGCGGAUGUCGCCGAUUGGGCCCCGCCGGACAGGAAGACCCCGAACUUCAUGCUGGAAAGCGGUUCGACUACCAGCGAGUCUGAUGGAUCCGACCGCGGCGACCGGGAGCCUGGCUCCUCAGUCCGUGGAAGCGGAAGCCAGCCCGGCCCGCCUUCGGCCUCCUCAGCGACCAGUCCUCGCAAACUGCCCCCUCCGAGUCUGCACGGCCGCUCGGAAAGCAGCGUGUUCGCCAACCCGUUCAAAGCUCAGGCCGAGCAGAAGCUCAGCGCCUUGCAGCAACACGUGCCCCUCACGAUGCAGGCCAGGCCGUCUCACAUCGGCGGCAAGAGGAUGUGCCUCUCCUACAGGAAGAGUGGAAGAUGUCGAUUUGGGAUCAAGUGCAAGUUUGCGCACGACAGCGAUCUUCAGACCGCGGUUGCUCCCAAUGACUCUCGCGCAACUUCCAGCGACGAAGCGCAAGUUGGCCCCCGGGAGCCCCCGCGGGACGAGCCGGAAGGCCGGCGGGUGAAGAAGCGGCGUGUGGGCGUGAGCGACGCGCUGAUCCCUCCCAAGAAGGCCAUGAAGCAGUACACCAUGCUGAGGAGCAAAGGACACCACAACAUGUACUGAUGGAAAGAUUCAUCCAUUAAACAAAGACAAAAGUCCCACUCAUCUGGGCUACCAAUAAACAACGAGUGUGUUGUUAAGACAUUUAUUCACAUCCUCGAAAUGAAAAGUCGGCAUAUCUGCGCAAACGGCGUCCUUAACCACAAAGCCUGCAGCACAUUUCCCCCUAAAAGCCCAAACUGUAAACAACUCAUUCAUUAUCUGUACAGGUUAUGACUUCUGCUAAAUGCCACAAACAAUGCAUGAUGGAUUCAUUAACUUAUUGAAUACAAGAACAUUACAUAUAAACACAUUGGUUUUCACCCUGACAGUAGACUUUUUGUUAUAGACCAAACAAGAUGUUUAACAAUUAACAGAAAAGUUCAUCUAAAACACAAACACGUUAAGUGGCAGCCCUAUUGUCAAUAGUCAUAUAUAGUGUGGACUUAUAAAUAAACAAAGAUGGUUGCUAGAACUCUA